UGGGGAUAGAAACUCAUUUGAAAGAACUUGUGGAGAAAAAAGCCACUCUAGCCUUGGUUGGGAGGCAAAUGCUGGAGAUUUAGAGUUCAGCGAGAGAUCCUUGAGGCAUAAAAGGACAUGUAGGGGCCAAGACUGCAAACAGAACAGUGACUUGUCAAGAACCCUCAAAUGGCAGGAAAAACGUACUUUUGUUCUUAUUGUGCGCAGCCAUUUCAAGGGACUUCAGCCUUGAUGGUGCAUGAGAGAACUCACAUAGGAGAGCGCAUACACAAGUGCUCACAGUGUGGAAUAACCUACGGUUGCCUUUCUGACCUCCUCACACACCGGAAGAGCCACACGGGAGAGAAGUCCCAUCGAUAUGCUUCGGAGGGAGGCCGCGGAUCCAGUCAGAAUGCCCCCCCCGCCCUUGGCCCAAGGAGCCCAUCUGGCAGAGAAGGAAGAAGCCUUUCUUCAUAGCCCAGUGAAUAAAGGCAUGUUUUCAAAGACAGAGGUGAACCAAGAGAAAGGGAAGGAGAUGGAAGAGCAGGACCCAGAAGGACCUGGAACUGGCAAAGGAGAAAGGAAAAGCCCACAUCCCAUCCAACCUGGAAGUGAUGUUGAAUUCUGGGAAAGGGCUGGGCCACAGAUCUUGGCUGAGGACACCAUGACUUCAGAUGGACAUUGCCAACGCUUCCGGCAGUUCCGCUACCAUGAGGCCAAUGGGCCCCGAGAGGUUUGCAGCCGGCUCCAUGGACUUUGCAACCAGUGGCUGAAGCCAGAGAGGCACACCAAGAAGCAGAUCCUGGACCUGGUGAUCCUGGAGCAGUUCCUGACUCUCCUGCCCCAGGAAAUGCAGGGCUGGGUCAGAGGAUGUGGGCCGGAGACCAGUUCCCAGGCGGUGGCCCUGGCCGAAGGUUUCCUCCUGAGUCAGGCAGAGGAGAAGAGGCAGGCAGAACAGAUGCAGGGACCACCUUUGGAGAUGGAAGCUGCAAUCCCUGAAGCAGAAGGAGCUUCCUUGGAGCAGGGGCAGAGAGUGCAGGCGGUGGAGCGUGCCCAAGAUGCCCUCUCCUGUGGAACAGGCAGUGAAGAGAUGAUGUUGAGCCGUUGUCGUUUCCAAGGUGUGGGAACAGUCUCUGCACCUCCAAUCCAGGGUCCCUUUUCCUUGGAGGAGGUGUCCGUCUCUUUCACGGAGGCAGAGUGGGCCCUGCUGGAUCCGGGACAAAGAGCUCUGUACAGGGAAGUCAUGCUGGAGAACUAUGGGAACGUGGCUUCUCUGGAAGCCAGAAGUAUAAGAGAAACUAUGGUGGAGAAAGACCACAGCCUUACAUUCGAAGAAAGUUUGCAGAGUUCUUCUAGAGGAUCCCAAGAGCAUAUCUCCUUCCCAGAUGAGCUGGUUCAGACAAACGAUGAUCACGGGAAUGAAGGUGAGAAACUUCAUCAGAAAACGCCAGAUAGAGUUAAAAAUGAGGACUUAAACGAAAAUGUCAGGAAUGAAAAAAAAAUGAAGGGAAGGAAAGGCGGCUGUAUGAUUGAGAAGUGUGAUGGAAGACAGCGAAACAUACAUUUUCCAAAGCACAGGAAAAUGAAAGCAAAUAAAUCCAUUCAGUGUGGAAAGUAUUUCAGAAAUAGAUCACAGCUUUUUGUGCACCAAAGAAUAAAGAGAGAAGAGAAACCUGAAUACUCAGAAAACAGACAUAAAUUCAGUCUCAGUGGGCAUCUUCAACAGCAUCAGAGAACCCACAGAAAGGAGAAACCUUUUAAAUGCUCAGAGUGUGGAAAGAGAUUCAGUACAAUUUGCAGUCUUCAAGUGCAUCAGAGAACCCACACAGGAGAGAAACCUUUUGAAUGCUCUGAGUGUGGAAAGAGAUUCAGUCAAGGUGGCCCUCUUCAACAGCACCAAAGAACCCACACAGGGGAGAAGCCUUUUGAAUGCUCAGAGUGUGGAAAGAGAUUCAGUAUGAGUGGCAGUCUUCAAGAGCAUCAGAGAACCCACACAGGGGAGAAGCCUUUUGAAUGCUCAGAGUGUGGAAAGAGAUUCAGUCAGAGUGGCAAUCUUCAAUAUCAUCGGAGAACUCACACAGGGGAGAAGCCUUUUAAAUGCUCAGAGUGUGGAAAGAGAUUUUGUCAGAGUGGCAGUCUUCAAGAGCAUCAGAGAACCCACACAGGGGAAAAGCCUUUCGAAUGCUCAGAGUGUGGAAAGAGAUUCAGUACAAGUGGUAAUCUUCAACAGCACCAGAGAAUCCACACAGGGGAGAAGCCCUUUGAAUGCUCAGAGUGUGGAAAGAGGUUCAUUCAUAGUGGUGCUCUUCAACAGCACCAAAGAACCCACACAGGGCAGAAUCCUUUCCAGUGCUCAGAGUGUGGAAAGAAAUUCAGUCGGAGUAGCAGUCUUCAAGAGCAUCAGAGAACGCACACAGGGGAGAAGCCUUUUGAAUGCUUGGAGUGUGGAAAGAGAUUUACUACGAGUGGCAAUCUUCAAAGGCAUCAGAGAACCCACACAGGGGAGAAGCCUUUUAAAUGCUCAGAGUGUGGAAAGAGAUUCAGUCACAGUGACAGUCUUCAAAAACAUCGAAGAACCCACACAGGGGAGAAAUCUUUUGAAUGCUCAGAGUGUGGAAAGAGAUUCAGUCAGAGUGGCGGUCUUCAAGAGCAUCAGAGAACCUACACAGGGGAGAAACCUUUUGAAUGCUCAGAGUGUGGAAAGAGAUUCAGUCGGAGUGGCUAUCUUCAAUAUCAUCGAAGAACCCACACAGGGGAGAAGCCUUUCGAGUGCUCAGAGUGUGAAAGAAAUUCAAGAUUCUUUCAGAGUGGCACUCUUAAACAUCACCAAAGAACCCACAUGAGGCAGAAACCUUUUGAAUGCUUAGAGUGCGGAAAGAGAUUUAUCAAGAGCGGCGGGGAGAAUCCUUUUGAAUUUCACACCGUGGAAAGAGAUGCUGUUGCAAAAGCACUCUUGGAUGGCAAGUGA